CUGACGGCAAGACGUGGAACCUACACCAAGUGUCAGCGCCUCAAGAAGCAAGAAGAUAGACAGCGACAGCUUGAUCUAAAAGGCGACGACAUACCUUCUCGCCAUCCUUAAAAAAGCUCUGGAAGCUUGUUCACGACCUCACGACUACGGCUUCAUCAAAGGGGAAGGUCCACCAGACUAACCGGCAGCCGUGUCUCUUUUCACAAUGAGGAGUCCAGUCUCGCUAUUUCUCCUCCUUCUGUCCCUCUUCCCGUCUGCUUUGGGAGCUCUCCUGGCAGUGGAUUAUGGGACAGAAUGGACGAAAGCAUCACUGAUCAAGCCGGGUCAACCGCUCGACGUUCUGCUCGACAAGGACUCGAAACGAAAGAUGCAGAGCGUCCUAGGUUAUAAGCGAGAUGAGAGGGUAUUUGGUGGAGAAGCUGUCAAUGCGGCCACUCGAUUCCCCUUGGCACACUUUCCCUACGUCAAGCCAUUGAUCGCACUACCAGGCUUACCACCAUCCAACAUCUCUUCUAUCUACCCCUCGCAACCUCGUUACGACGCCGAUACGCAGACCCUGUAUUUCCAGCACGACGCUGCUCCUACUUACGCUCUCAACGCCAAUGAUACCUCGGGAAAGACAAACUGGUUGCCAGAAGAACUUCUCGCCCACGAGUUGAACUACAUCAAGGCAUUAGCCUCUUCCGCCGCUAAGGAACCCGUUACCGACCUCUUUUUGACGAUCCCUUCCUAUUUCACCCAACAUCAACGAAGGGCCUUCAAAGACGCAGCUGAAAUCGCAGGCUUGAACCUGGUCGGCAGCGUUGGAGAAGGAGCUGCGGUCGGACUGAACUAUGCGAUGACUCGACAGUUCCCCAAGCUCAACGAGGCGGAGACUGCAUGGAACAAGAAUGGCGCACAGAUCGAUGUCAUUUACGAUAGCGGAGCGAUGAAGACCACCGCUACGGUGCUGGCUUUCUAUACUGCCGAUGUCGCCGAGGAGGCCAAGACCACCAUCUCAAAGUCCGGAAAGAAGUCUAAACUCCGAGCGAAAUCAAACCCUACCACCCACGUUCAUGUCCUCGCCACGAGCUCCGAACCCACUUUGGGAGGAGUACAGAUCGAUCAGGCGCUACGGGAGAUCUUGGUCCAGGAUGUCGCACAGAAGUUGAAGAUAUCCGACAAAGAAGUCUUGGCGGACGAUAGGGCCAUGAGGAAGUUGUGGAAGGAAGCUGCUAGGACCAAAGCCAUCCUGAGCGCCAACCAGGAGGCCAGCGUCAACAUCGAGAGCUUGAUGAAUGACGAAGAUUACCGGUCCAGGAUUUCGCGAACUCAGCUCGAAGAGGCUUGCGCGUCUUUCGCUGACAAAUUCGGAGGUCCUAUUCAAGAUGUCUUGAGCAAGGCAGGUUUGAAACUAAACGACAUCAACUCCCUCAUCCUUUUCGGAGGCAACACCCGAGUUCCCUUUGUCCAGAACGCAAUCAAGGCGGCUCUUGGAGGAAACGAGGACAAGAUCGCUCAGAACGUGAACACUGACGAGGCCGCCGUACUCGGCGCGGCCUACUAUGGAGCCAGUCAGGGUCGAAGCGUCGUCAGCAAGCUCAAGCUCAAGGUCGUCGAGGGGCUCGGCUGGGACGUUGCCUACAGUCUGGUCGACGGGCAGAACUGGAAGGUGGUACCGGACGAGAUCACGGAGAACCAAGUCUUGUUCCCAGCUGGCACUAAUCAUACUUCCAAGAGGGUCCUCACGCUUGCCAGGGCCAAAAAGGCUCAGCCUAGUGAUUCUCUAAGUGUCAAGUUUGCUUACACUGGCGGCAAUGCCCCUAACCCUGCCGAGAUUGUUCAAGUUGAUAUCCGAGAUAUCGACAAGGCUUUCGUCAAUAUGACGGAGACCGACAUCGCGGCGUCUCAGCUCAAGCUCACUAUGCGUGUGGACUCUCGCGGAUUUAUUCAAGCCGUCAAUGCGGUGGCGCAUCUGCCUGCGAUACCCAAGGAAAAGGAGUCGGUGAAGGACAAGCUCAAAGGACUCUUUGGUAGCUCUAACAAGGAAGAGGGCGACAAGGCGGAAGAGGUAUUGAAAAACUUGGAAGCUGAAUUGGAGGAGCUUGAAAACUCUGCGGACAAGGAGAAGAAAGUGGCGCUAAAGUUUACCGAGACGGCACUUGGCAUCAAGCCCCUUUCGGCCGAAACGAAGAAACACGCCAAAGCUCGUCUCGCCGCAAUCAACAAGGUCGAAGCCGACGUGUCUGCUCGAGCUGAAGGCCGAAACCUUCUGGAAGGGUACCUUUACCGAUUGAGCGGUCUGCUCGGUCCCGACGCGCCUUCCGAUGCCCUUCAACGAUUCGGUACCGAUGAGGAGAGGGCCAAGCUGAGCGCUGGCGUACAAGAAGCUUUCGAGUGGAUGAGCGAGGAAGCAGAGACCGCUAGUGUGGAGACCUUGCUGAAGAAACGGUCAGAUCUCGAAUCUACGGAAUUUCCCAUCAUCCGCCGAUAUCAAGAGGCAAUUACCAGGCCCAAGGCGAUCGAUGACUUCCAAAAGGUCAUGUCUGCUGCCAGGAUCUUCUUUGUCGACGCUCAGAGGAACCUGACUCAGGCUGUCGAGGCGGACGAGCCUUCGAGGCACUCUCAAGAGGACCUCGACGAUCUGCUUGAGCGAUUGAAGGAGAAUGAAAAGUGGAUGAGCGAGAAGAUGGUGUUGCACAAGCAGAUCGAGGAUUUUACGGUCGAUCCAGUUCUGAUCACGGCGGAUUUGAACGAGAGGGGCAAGGCGUUGCAGAUGAUGGUCAUCCGACUGGGAAACAAGCGUAUCCCCAAGGCCAAGCCCAAGAAGACUGCGACCUCGACCGCGACGACGUCUGAAGCGACCGAUCUGCCAGAGGAAUCAGCCUCGACCACGUCGGAAACCGUCGAAACGUCAGCCACAGCGACGCCCGCUGCCGAGCCUUCGUCAGAAGAGGUCCCGGUGCACGAAGAACUAUAGAGAUUGCUGUAGCAUAUAGACGAGGAUACGAUCGGUGCAUGGUUCGACGUUCGUACGCUGACGAUGGCUGUGUUGUGCCGAGCGAUGAAGGGGUGACGAAGCUAUAACAAGCUUUUUUCCCGUGGGUACCGUCAGAACCUCUGGGGUAGAGCGGGCGAGGGAGAAGAUGCACGUGGGGUCCCCCCUCGAGUGCGCGAUUAUUCGAUUUCAUUCGAUCUUCUGUGACCCCCCAACCACCCAUCACCC